AUGGUGGAGCUCAUCAUAGACACCAACGCUGAUAUUGACUUGCUUCUCCGUGAGCUUCAGCGACUGAACGGGUCGCUGAAGAAAAUAGAUGCAGGGCGAGGUGCUGUUCUUCUUUGGGGUGAAAUUUACAGUGACUCCACUCUCCAGGACUUGUUUCAGGAGCGUCUGGCGAGUGUGAUGAGUGCCGCUAAGAAGCAACGUGCCAUUCACUUUCCCCGCGAGCGUUUGUUGAUUGGAAACUACGAGGAGGUGGAGGUGGAGUUGUUGGCGCCGCACCUUCGCAUCCUGCCGGAGAGCGCGAUCCGCAGCAAGUCCAAGCAGGAGGAGCGUAAGGCGGCCUUUAAGGAGGCGAAGUUGAGGGCACUCGAGGCGCACAAGGAGAAAAUGCUGAGACUUGCCAUGCAGGGCAUUGAUUUGCCGAGCGGAAAGAGUGGACGCCCUCAGACCACAGCUGGUGGUGCGGCAGAAAGGGUAGAGGAAAACGGUCUUAAUCCACCGCCAGCUCCUCCGAUUGGCGGUGACGGUGGGGACGUUAUUGCAGAAGUAGAAGGUAAUAAGAGUGAUGAUAAUUUACUGCCACCGCCACCGCCACCGCCGCCUGCGGAUGAUGAUGACGAUGAUGAAUCGGAGAGUGUCGAAAAGGAGGUCGACGAUGACGAGGAGGACCCACCGCCGCCGCCACCGCCACCACCAGAAGAUGACGACGAUGACGGAGAGGAAAGCGAUGAGGAUGACGAGGACGAUGAAGAUCCACCGCCACCGCCACCGCCGGAGUAG